GAUGUAACCUGUACACACUUAGUUGACGGCUUUUUAUAUCUCCGUCGACAGAUGAUGGUGGUAGUUGGUAGGCAACCCAGCAAUUUUUAGUUGUUUUAAAAUCAUAUUAGGAAUUUAAAAGUUGAAUUCUUUUAACCAUACUCCGUUCAACAAGGGAACUGCAGAGAAGCAACGAGGAUUCACGGUCGCAGUCAGUUGGCCACAGACAAGCGGGUCUAAUUCAGAAGUAAUAUAAAAACGGUGUCUUCUGCGAAGGAUUGCUCAUCUCAUACUACCUCCAUCCAUGCUCUACUCUACCAUGCUCUACUGCCAGUUUUGUUUAGUCAACCACUGCUGGUUUGUGUAGUGCUGUAUUUACUGGCAUGACUGCGUCCUGACAGAAUGAAUUAUCAUCAGAGAGCCUGGAGCCAUGGGAGAACGAGGAUACAUACAUGCUCAAGAUAGAUGAUCAUACCAAAAUGAGGAUGGUUCAAUGCAAAGCUGAUGAAAACGAGUCAAUUUGAGAACAUUUGAGUUUCCGAAUAUACUGCAAAUCGGGGACAACAUGGCACUCCGUAACUUUCAUCUGGUUAUCUUUUUGACUUGCAUAGUUUGUCUGCAUGUUUGUGCGGCAGACACAACCAAUGCAGCUGCGGACCAGACUGGAACAGAACCAACGAGUGAGCCUACCACUGAGUUGGAACCCGAACCAACAAGUGAGCCAACACCGGAACCAGAGCCAGAACCGACAAGUAAUCAUCCACCUGAAUCGGCAGAACCAACAUCUCCAGAACCGGAACCAAGCGGUGAGCUAACAUCUCCAGAACCGGAACCAAGUGGUGAGCCUUCUUCAGAACCGGAGCCCAAACCAAGUGGUGAGCCUACUUCAGAACCGGAGCCCGAACCAAGUGGUGAGCCUUCUUCAGAACCGGAGCCCGAACCAAGUGGUGAGCCUUCUUCGGAACCGGAACCAGACACCACAGAGCUCCCACCAUUUGCAGAGCCGGUUCCAGAUUGGAAGAUAGCCUUACCACUCUAUGGGUACUUCUGGUACGUUCAUAUUUACAUCCUCGGCUCACUCUUUGCUCUGUUGGCGUUGUAUUCCUUGGUGAGUCUGAUUCGUCUGAGGAAACGUCGACUGUUGAGCAUGGGUUACUUUGUCGCCCUGAACCUGAUGAUGUUGGUAAUGGGUGUGGAUCGCGCAGUGUAUCUCUUCGUGGACGCGUAUAACCAUAAGCAGAUAUUCCCACUACCAGUUGCAUACAUGCUUCUUGGUAUGGGGUUCCCCUGUCUAUCAUCUGCUUUCAGCAUCUUAUUCCUGGCGUUGCUGAAUUCGACUAAAACACAACUUGUGUCACGGAAGGUACAGGGACCUAAAGCCCUGUCUGCCAUGAUCACGUUUCAUUUUACGAUUUCUAUUUUGGUUGAUGUGAUUGUGGGACUUUUUACAAAAGCUCAAGUCUUGUUGCUCCUCUGCCAGGCAGUCUUUCUCAUCUGGGGACUCUUCUUGUCCGUCAGCUAUCUUGUCAUAUUUCGCAGACUUCACAUUUCGUCCUUGCGACAGUUCCGCGAGUUGAACCGACUCAGCAUGACGAAGCGCACUACAUCACUUUACGGCAUCUCCCCGUUUAUGAAGAAACCGAGAAACAAUUGGAGUAGUGCAAUCAAGGUGACUCUGCUGACCUCCUUCUUUGGAGUAACAAUCGGGCUGCUUCAGCUGUACGGCAUUCUAGUGGUGUAUGGACCGUUGGGUGAAAAGGUUCCAGAGCCUUGGUCCUGGGUUUGGUACCAGCUGGCAUUCAGAAUCUGCGAGUUUGCUAUGUGCGCGCUGAUGAGCUACGUAGCUACUCAGCCGUUUCGGUACACAGUCAGCGGGAAAGAAAAACCCAUGUGUAUGGAGUGUACUAAAUGCAUGUGUUGCAAUGUCAUCACUGGAAAGACGAGUCAUGAUUUGAACGCACACAGUGUGGAUUCUUAUCGACUUGUUAGUGGAGACUUUGACGCUUCAGCGACAUUUCAGGCAAAUGACUACAACCCAACUACAAAUGCCAUGCAAGUCCAACAAGGCAAGCCAGUUCAAACAGAAACCCUUCCACUAGCUUCUGGAAGUCCACAGUCAUCCCCGACUGGUUUCUACCCAAGAGGUGUCUCUCUUCCACUCGAUGACAGCAUGAGCACCUUCAAGCCUCAAACAUUGCAUUCCAAUAACGCAGAUGAUAAAAUGGCGGACAACACAAAAAACAAUUUAGCUCUGAAAAUGCCGAAGCAGUCCACAAGUUUCAAAGAGACCAAUAAUGCAGCUCCACUUCCAAAAAAAGUGAGCAUACCCGCUUCUGCACCAGUAAUCAGCACCCAAGAUCCCUUCAAGGAUAACAUGUGUACGGUAAUAACCGACAUGUUUCCCGGUGAAAACAUUAGUAGUAAAAACAAAAACAACCAUCAUUCAUGCCCUUCGACACCAUUACAAGAGAGUAGUCCAAGCUCAAAAGCAAGAGGUUUCCCUCAACGUUUGUCAUUGUCGAGUCUGCAGUUAGAUGAUAAAACUGCGAGCUCUGCUCCAGAGAGAAAUGAAGAAGCGGAGGUUUCAUCAAAGAAUCCGGAUACAAAAGAGAAUUCAACGGAGCAGAUGAGCAAAAUCCAGACGGAUGAACAAAUAUUGAACAGAGCUGAGCAAGACGAGAAUGACAUUGUAUAUGUUUAGGCAAUGUUUUAGAGUCAGGGGAUAAUGAAACAUACAGUGGAAAAUGUUUUUAAACAAUACAACUUAAAUCAGCAAAUGGUAUGUGUAUGAACUUUGGAAUCCGUUGUUAAUAUCUACCAAAUCAUGAACGCUGUGGUUACGUGUCACGUGAACACAGGAAAUGUUAAAAAGUGUUUUCAUUAUAGGAAGUUUCGGUUUUAGGUGUGGUAAGAAAACCCCUGAGAAUUAUUCUGUGGGAAAAUCCAUGCAAUCUGGUAGGGACUGAAAACCCCUUCCACAUAUUGCCCAAGCAGAGUUCAAACAGGGGUCUUAGAGGUAAAAGGCGAGGAACAAAACAACUAUGCCAACUCGACCAAGUGUUUGCUAGAUUGUUACAAACAAUUGACAAGAAGUAUUUUAAGUUAUCACACAAGCGCAGGUGGAAUACAAAAAAAUAUAGCGCUUCUGCGUCCCAUAUCCAACUCGAAGGCCGAGUUGGAUAUGGGACGCAGACGCGCUAAAUUUUUUCGUAUUUCACAAGCGCGCAUGUGAUAACGAAUUUAUCUUCCAGUCUCACUUGCAACGCGCAAAAUUAAAAAUUUCAGAGCGUUAUUUAACGCG